AUGUCUGUUCGUGUAAAGGCAGACAAUUCAGAGGAAUUUGAUUCCACAGGAAGCUGGCCGUCUAAACACCGAUUUGGCUCUUUUGGCUGGCUUAGGUUUGGGUUUGGGUUGGAAGGACCAUUAACGGGAUGCCUAUUUUUCUGUGGCCUACGUCGAAUGUCGUCCCCAGCUGUCCGUCUUACUGAUCUCGUAAAGGGCUGUGAACAUACCUGGCCUUCCAGUUUGUUCGGGGAACAUUUAAUGACAUCGCUAGGACUCUUGUCCUCCGAGUUUAACGCUUUAUCUGGUAGUAGGACGGUGGAAGUAGAGCAUGACAGAUGUGACACGUUCACGCUCGGCUUCCUACCAGCCUCUGCCAGACCUGCCGUCGAAGUUGCUUGCGAGGACAAAGAUGCCACCCGUUGUUCACUUGGACUGCGGGGUCUACCUAUUUGA